AUGUCGCCCAGCUCCGGCGACCGCUAUCUAACACUGGCACGGCAGCUUGCCGACACCGUCCACAACGUCCUAGGCCGCACCCGAGACGGCGAGCAUCGUCUUCCCGGUGCAACGGACGACAACCCGCUCGGCGGCGGGCUGCGCAUCGGGAAGAUGGAGGAACACGGCCGCGACGGCGACGGCCAGUACCACCACUACCUGACGAUCUGGAUGUUUGCGCUGAACCGACUGUCGCUUGCGACCGGCGACCCGACCUACAACCAGCAGGCCGUGGCGCUCGCCAAAGCCAUCCAUCCGCGCUUCUUCAUCAACCGCGACUCCCCGCGGCCGCGCAUGGUGUGGAAAAUGGCGAUGGACCUGUCGUCGCCGCUCGUGGCGUCGGAGGGUAACCUCGACCCUAUCGACGGGUACGUCAUUUUCCGACUCCUGCAGGCGUCUGCGAUGGCAGCGGGCGCGGGCCCCGUGCUGGAGGACGAAAUCCGGGACUAUCGCCGCGUGAUGGCACGCAAGGGCGAGCAUUUUGUCUCCAGCGAUCCGCUGGAUCUGGGGAUGACGCUGUGGACGGCACAUUGGUUCGCAGAGAAGGAGGACUGGGCAGGUCGGCUUGCUGAACGGUGCUUCGAGCAGAUCUAUGACCUCUUCGAGAUCAACCAGUACCUGGAGCGGAGCAUCAAGUUCCGGCUGGCGUUCCGCGAGUUUGGGACCUGCGUGGGAAUCCAGUGCAUGUCGGAGGAGUCGUCCGAGAAGGAACGCUCGAUCGAUCUGAGGACAUACGCGGACAAGAUCCUGGAUUCGUGGAAUAUCUACAUGGAGAGGUCGAUGUACACUGAUGCAACGCCCGACGACCUGCGCCCGAUCACACGGGUGAUGUACGCAGCGGCCUUGCUGCCAGGAGCGUUUCGCCACGGGUAUCUAGGAAGCGAGCCUGUCCCAAGACAGGAGAAGUAG